UCUCACUUGUGUGCAUAGUAAAGAGAAGAGGAAACAGCAGAGCAGGAGAACAAUCUGAAUGAGGAUUUCACAGCGUCAAUGGGAACUAGAUUUAUAAUGAUUAAUGGAUUUUGGAUUGCUGUCAUUUUUCUCCUUGGCUCAGAAGCAAAUGAAGUCUGCUAUGAGCGCCUUGGAUGUUUCUCUGAUGAGCCUCCUUGGUGUGGGAUACCUGGGAGACAACUGUUAGGUUUACCUCAGUCUCCUGAAAGUAUGAAUAUUACCUUCAACCUCUUCACUAAAGAGUCUGGAAAUACAUCACAAAAAAUCACAGCCACUAAUAAAUCAACUAUAGAAACGUCUUACUUCUCUCUAUCAAGGAAAACUGCCUUUAUUAUCCAUGGAUAUACCAGCACAGGAAGACAUGGCUGGGUCGUGGAGAUGUGUUUGCUGCUCGUGCGUGUGGGAAAUAUAAACUGUAUUGCUGUAGAUUGGGAAGAUGGAGCAAAAUGCACAUACUUCAUGGCAGCAAGCAACAUCCGUGUUUUGGGAGCAGAGAUAGCUUAUCUUAUAAAUACUUUGACGGAAAUAUACAAAUACUGUCCUUCCAAAAUCCAUCUGAUCGGUCAUAGUCUUGGUGCUCAUACUGCUGGAGAAGCUGGACGACGACUUCGUGGAGUUGACAAAAAAUUUCCAGCCGUUGGUAGAAUAACUGGCUUGGACCCAGCUGCACUCUGUUUUGAAGCUAUGCCCGCUAUGGUCAGGCUGGAUCAAACUGAUGCAAUAUUUGUUGAUGUCAUACAUAGCAAUGCUGGCCCAUCACUCACUACAGGAUUGGGGAUGUUUAAUGCUACUGGUCAUGUUGAUUUUUACCCCAAUGGUGGAACUACUAUGCCUGGAUGUAAUGAGCUAAUUACAGCAAGGGCAGAAGAUGAACCUGAAACCUUUCCGCAAGUUACUCGUGGUAUUGGAAUUUGCCACCACGCACGAAGUCAUGUGUACUUCAGAUACAGUAUUCUCUGUCCUGAUGGAUUUAUCGGCUAUCCAUGUGAAUCAUAUGACUCUUUCAAGGAGGGAAAAUGCUUUCCAUGCCCCAAAGAAGGCUGCCCCAUGAUGGGUUAUUAUGCUGACCGGUUCUAUGAUAAACUGAAGGAUGACAAUCCAAAGUUCUUUUUAAACACAGGACCCAUGGAGCCAUUUUACAGUUGGAGAUAUAAAAUCUCUCUCAAGCUAUCUGGAGCUGCAAGGGGAGAUAUUAACAUAAUUUUUCAUGGUAAAGAGGGAAACACAAAGGAAUACCCAAUUGCAAGUGGCCGCCUUCAGCAUGGACGGAUAUAUUCAAAGUUCAUUGAUACAGAAAUUAAUCUUGCAAAUGUGACAAGAGUUGAGUUUCUUUGGUAUAAGUGGUUCUUUACUCUAUUUUGGACUAAGCUGGGAGCAGAAAGAGUCACCCUAAUUCGUGGUCAGGAUGGGCAUGAGUCUCACUUUUGUGGAUAUGAGAAAGUACAAUAUAAAGUUCCUCAAACUCUUACACCUUGUUGACUGCCCACCUCCACCUGGCAAAAGAGAAGGAUGAUCAUAUAUAAACUG